GCCCGCUAUCAUCUACCUAUAUUACCGCUUCUCUCUCUCUCUCCCUCUCUCGAUCUCGCCCCGAAAAGAAUGGAGGCGGAAACCCUAAAGAGAAACCCUAGGAAGGAAACCCUAGCGGCAGCGGCCAUGGCGAACUACGACCUCACGUCGCGCAUCGCGCCGCACCUCGACCGCCACCUCGUCUUCCCCCUCCUCGAGUUCCUCCAGGAGCGGCAGCUCUACGACGACGACGAGAUCCUCAAGGCCAAGAUCGAGCUCCUCAGCCAAACCAACAUGGUCGACUACGCCAUGGACAUCCACAAGUCCCUCUACCACACCGAUGACGUCCCCCAAGAGAUGAUCGAGAGGAGGGUGGAGGUGGUGGCGCGGUUGAAGUCGCUGGAGGAGUCGGCGGCGCCGCUUAUCUCCUUCCUACAGAGCGCUACGCUGGUCCAGGAGCUGCGGGCGGAUAAGCAGUACAACAUCCAGAUGCUUCAUGAUCGAUUUCAGAUUGGUCCGGAUCAGAUAGAGGCUUUGUAUCAGUAUGCGAAAUUUCAGUUUGAGUGCGGAAACUAUUCUGGAGCUGCUGACUACCUGUACCAGUAUCGUGCACUAUGCACUAACAGUGAUAGAAGCUUGAGUGCACUUUGGGGGAAGCUUGCGGCUGAGAUUUUGAUGCAGAAUUGGGAUGUUGCACUUGAGGAGCUCAAUAGGUUGAAAGAGAUCAUUGAUUCGAAGAACUUUGCUUCUCCUUUAAAUCAACUGCAAAAUAGGAUAUGGCUGAUGCACUGGAGCCUCUUCAUUUUCUUUAACCAUGAAAAUGGGAGAAAUGGGAUAAUCGAUCUCUUUUUCCAGGACAGGUAUCUUAAUGCCAUUCAGACAAAUGCACAUCAUCUUCUUCGCUAUGUUGCAACUGCAGUCAUUGUAAACAAAAGAAGAAGAAAUAUGCUUAAAGAGUUGAUCAAAGUUAUACAGCAGGAACAACACUGUUACAAGGAUCCCGUAACAGAGUUUCUUGAAUGCUUGUACAUAAAUUAUGACUUUGAAGGUGCACAGAAGAAACUUAAAGAGUGUGAGCAAGUAAUACUGAAUGAUCCAUUCCUUGGAAAGCAUGCCGAAGAUGGCAACUUCACUACUGUACCUUUAAGAGACGAAUUUCUUGAAAAUGCACGUCUCUUCAUUUUUGAGACCUAUUGCCGCAUACAUCAGUGCAUCAAUAUCAGCAUGCUUGCGGAGAAGCUGAACAUGAAUUAUGAUGAGGCAGAGAUGUGGAUAAUGAAUCUUGUUCGAAGCUCGAAGCUUGAAGCCAAAAUAGAUUCCGAUUCAGGGACUCUUAUUAUGGGGACCAAUCAUCUCAAUGUGCACGAGCAGAUUAUAGAAAGCUUGAAAAAUCUUAACAUGCGGACCUACAUGUUGGCGAAGAACAUCGUCGAGCCGGCACAAGCUACACAAACCGCUCGGUAGAAAUAAAGCGAUCCAACAUAGUUCCUAUUCCUACACUUUUUUAUAAAAUUUUUGGAACCUUAGUGUGCCGUCACAUAUUUUUAGCUGACAUCGGAGUUUUAUGUUCUUACUAAGAGCAGUAUUAGAUUAAGAUGUACCUUUGAUAGUACUUUUGCUUUCUUUGAUUUAUGAAAUUCGUUGCUGAAUUUUCUA